AUGAGCCAGCUGCGAGCCACGAAGCCCGGGCUCCUCCUGUGUGCAGGCAUAUGCAUCUUCGUUUUUCUGUAUUUACGGACUCCAACCCCUGAGGAAGCAGAGGAGGAACCCACCUACCCAGCAGUAGUGGAAUGUGGCUUUUAUCCGGACGAACUGUGUUCAGCUUUAUUUGAAGGGAAAGGGGCCGCCCUCCAAAUUGCAAGAUUUUGCAAAAACCCUCAUGGUUCUCAAAUUCUUGCUCAUUUACGCACACCAGGAAAUUGCUCUAGGAUUUCCCAGGAGUUGCAUUUCAUAACCAGACCCUUGUCUGCAGAAGAGAGCAAUUUCUCUUUGGCAUAUAUUAUAACAAUUCACAAGGAGCUGGCAAUGUUUGUGCAGCUUCUCAGAGCUAUUUAUGUGCCUCAAAAUGUUUACUGUAUUCAUGUUGAUGAAAAGGCCCCAAAGAAGUACAAGACUGCUAUGCAAACCCUGGUUAACUGUUUUGAAAAUAUUUUUAUUUCAUCAAAGAGAGCAAGAGUGGCUUACACUGGCUUCACAAGACUCCAGGCAGAUAUUAAUUGUAUGAAAGACCUGGUCCAUUCCAAAUUUCAAUGGAACUAUGUCAUUAACCUUUGUGGACAGGAUUUUCCAAUAAAAACCAACAAAGAAAUCAUACGCUACAUCAGAAGCAAAUGGAAUGACAAAAACAUCACUCCUGGAGUAGUUCAACCACCAAACAUGAACUCCAAGACAAGUGAAAGUCAACCGGAAUCCACCCCUGAAGGAAAUAUCUACGUAUCUCCCAACAAAAGAUUCAAGGACGAACCGCCCCGUAAUUUAACAAUUUAUUUUGGAAGCGCUUACUAUGUCCUAACGAGGAAGUUUGUAGAGUUUGUACUAACUGACAGCCGUGCAAAAGACAUGCUUCGGUGGUCCAAGGACAUCCAGAGCCCGGAACGACAUUACUGGGUGACUCUGAACCGACUGAGAGACGCCCCGGGAGCCACACCGGAGGCCGGCUGGGAAGGAAAUGUUCGCGCUGUGAAGUGGAGACACGAGGAGGGAAGUGUUCACGAUGGAUGUAAAGGCCGCUACGUCCGCGAGAGCUGCGUGUAUGGACCAGGAGACCUGCCGUGGAUCAUUCGGUCGCCUUCUUUGUUUGCCAACACGUUCGACUCAACAGACCCUCUGGUGGUGACGUGCCUGGAGCGGUGGCACCGGCUGCGGGUGCUGCGACAGGCAGAGGCUCCUGUGGAGCCUCAGUGGCGUUUCCCACAGGACGGUCACUUCAACAGGAGACUGAGCCACUGA